AUGGAUAUUGACUAUAAGAUUUUGAAUUUAUAUAAAACAAAACAAUACGAUAAAUGUUUAAAUUUAUGCACAACGGCUCUACGCGACAAAAGCGACAGAAUGUUAGAAUUUAUUCAAAUGCGAGCUAUGACUAUUCAAGCGAAGAUUGCGGGUAAUGGAUAUGAAGAAGUAGAGUAUUUUCCAUAUCAAGAUGAUUUAGCAACUACUGCAGUGGCUAAAACACCAAGAGUCGGCACAGCAUUUCAGAGAGAAGUUAAGACAGCGCAACAGUUGAAUAAACGAGCAAGUGGAACGGCAACUAGUCGGGGCGUGGGUACUAGUCGAGUCCGUAGCGCGAGGACUGCAUUGCAUACAGCAUCUCGGUUGUCGAGAGCUGCUACUGCACUCGCCGGAGGGGCGCCGUUCACUGCGGGCACGCCUCUUUCCCUUAGAUUUCUUUCAAAAGAGGACAAACUCUUUGUUCCUGCUGCGAAAACUUUGUUCGAAUAUGUCUAUUACUGCGAAGGCGAUAUUAGAAAGGCCAUAGAUAUAGCAUUCCAAGCCCAAAAAUCAAAUGAUAUUACAGAUUGGUGGUGGAACUUCUCAUUAGCCCGGUGCUACUCUGCACUUGGAAUGUAUAGAAAUACAGAAGAAUGUUUGCGACAAGCUCUUAAACAAAACAAACACAUUUCAAUUUAUCUCCGUUUAGUUGCAAUGUAUGUUGGAUUAAAUCAGCCAUUAUCUGCUCUCGAAGUGUGUAAGCAAGGACUUUUAAUAUUUCAUGAAUACACGCCCUUAUUACUAGAGCAAGCUCGGAUUCAUAAUGAAAUGGGUAAUCCAGCUUUAGCUGUAAAAGAGUACAGAAUGGUCGCUUUGGAAGACCCAUCAAAUAUGGAAGCUAUAGCCAGUAUAGCGAUGUAUAAUUUUUAUAAUGAUCAGCCGGAAAUAGCUUUACGUUAUUAUAGGAGACUGCUAGCUACCAAUGUGCCUGGGCCAGAAAUAUUUAAUAACCUUGGUUUAUGUUGCCUCUACUGUAAUCAGUGGGAUCUGAUAUUGCCUUGUUUUAGGCAAGCACUUUACUUCUCUGCGAAUGCAGAGAUUAGAUCAGAUAUUUGGUUCAACCUUUCUCACGUUGCAAUGUCUACCGGUGACAUGUUACUUGUCCGUCGUUGUUUGCAAGUGAGCCUAGCAACUGACACAGAGAAUGAAGCUUCAAAGAAUGCAUUGCGUGCAAUCAAUGCACGAUUACGGGCACGUAGAACGGCUGUAUUAUAAUUGAUUAAAAAUGA